ACAGCUGAUCGCCAGCGACGCCUGCCAGACGACGCUAGUGUGUGCGUCGCGACGCUCUGGAACACACGCGUCGGACGUCGGCAAAGCACGUGUUUUUUUACUUGAAACGCGAGUGAUUUUUUACUGUGUGGCAAGUGCUGCAAAACAGAGAGUUGAAUCAAAGGCAGGGAGAAAAUAAGUGUUAUUUACAAAAUGCUGGUGGAUCGUCGACGAUUUAUGAGAUAGGUCGUUGAUUUGAGAGAACUGCGAUAAACAGGGUGUCAUAAUGUCGAGUGAGCCGGAUAUGAAACUAAAGGAACAUGCUUCAGGAACUGUUCGAAGGAAGCACAGAUCGCGAUCUACCCCAAGAUACAACGAUGUGGAGAAGCCGAGGAAAAAGCGGCACAUCAGUGCCGCAACGUCGCUAGUGACUCUCCCCAACACGAUUAAACUGUCUAUGCUUAACAGUGGACUUCUGCCUACGAGCAGAUAUAACAAUGAAAACGGCUCGCUGGUGGCCACCAUCACCGACAGCCCCAUCGAACUCAAGGACUACAUCAAGGUCUGCGAGGAGCGCAGAAAAUUCCCAGUUCUGUAUAAGCUAGAGUUUCAAAUUGCGAUUAAAGUCGAGACUCACUCGUGCCGCCACGGCACCAGACGGGCCAACCUCGAGAAAAAUCAGAACCAAAAAUGCAUUCCUUAUGAUUAUAAUAGGGUAGUUCUAGAAACGAUAGAGGGCGAACACGACUCGGACUACAUUAACGCGUCUUAUGUCGAUAGUUUAUUAAAGCCUAACGCUUACAUCGUAACCCAAGGACCAACCGAAGAGACCGUCACGGAUUUCUGGCGCAUGGUGUGGCAGGAGAAGGCCUGCUGUAUCGUCAUGCUGACGAAGACGUUCGACUUUAUCAAGGUGAUGUGCGUGCAGUACUGGCCGGCGUCCAAGGACCUGGAGGAGACCUACGGCGGGAUAACUAUCGGGAUAAUGCAGGAGGAGGAAUUGGCCAAUUUCCACAUCCGCACGUUCCGACUGACGAAAAAACAGGAGGAACAAGUGGUUGAAGAGAGAUUUAUUCUCCAGUUCCACUUUACCGAAUGGCACAGUCAUACGUGUCCGUUUAGUAACGCCGUCUUGGAGUUCAGGAGGCGGGUGAGGGCUGUGGUGGGGCACAGGAUCAAGUCGAAUGAGGCUGGACCUAUGGUGGUCCAUUGCAAUGAUGGGGGCGGGCGAUCGGGGGUUUAUUUGGCCAUUGAUGCCAACAUGGAGUUGCAAGAGGAAGAGGAUAAGUUUGACGUUUUCGGUUAUUUGAAGAAGUUGAGACAGUCCAGGAAAGGGCUAGUUGAAAACGUGGAACAGUACAAGUUCAUUUACGACACCCUGGAGGAGUACGUCACUUGUGGCAACUCCUGGUUCCCUGUGAGCGAGCUCUCGCAGCGCCUCAAGCAAAAAUCGGCCAAAAACACGCUCUCAAAACUCAACGAAUACCAACGCGAGUACUCGCUCAUCUGCAAGCAAACCCCCCGUUUCACGAUCGGCGACUGUGCCGGGGGGCACCGUGGAGACAACCGCAAGAAGAAUCGAGACGUCCUCAUAGUCCCCCCCGACAAUUUCCGGCCGUAUUUGACCUCAUUCCAGGGCAACAACUACACGGACUACAUCAACGCCGUUUUCGUCGAUGGCUACACCAAACCGCGGGAGUACAUCGUGACCGAAUGGCCCCUGAAGUCGACCUGUGGCGAAUUCUGGUCGCUGGUGUAUGACUACGAGUGUUCGGCUGUUGUCGUUCUUUGUGUUCCGCCGCAUAAUUCGAUUUUGGCGCAGCAACAAUUCCCGUCCUUCUGGCCCGAGGGCCGCACCCCCAAGAAGUACGGUCCUGUGUUCACCAUCGACCACAUCUCGCACAACCACUACACCAACAUCCGCACUUGGGUGUUCCGAAUCAACAAAAAGAUCGUCUCCUUGACCGAACUGAUGGCUGGGGUUAAAGCCCCCCCGAAAACAGUCCAACUGUUCCAGCUGACCUGCUGGCCUAUGGGGCACAAGGUGCCCACCUCGACCAAUUCCCUCGUCGAGCUGAUGAACAUGGUGGAGCGGUGGCGCCAACGCACCGAUUACGGCCCUGUUUGCGUUGUCUCACCGGAUGGGAGGAGUCGGUGCGGGAUUUAUUGCGCCGCCAAUGCGUGCAUUGAACAGGUGAUACAGCACGGGGAAGUUGACGUUUUCCAGGCCGUGCGAACCGUGCGGAGACAUCGGCCACAGUUGGUCGAAAAUAUUACUGAAUAUAAAUAUUGCUACGAUGUCGUCCUUCACUACGUCCUCCACUACUUGCAAAAAGACUUGGAAGAAAUGAAGAUUAAGAGUAAGCAAAACUAAGGCCAAUUCAUCUGUGACUAUUUUCAAGAAAUCUAUUUUGGGAUAAAAGUCAACCGCUGUGUCUAUUUUUGUUACUCCGCCUUUAGACUACUAAAUUACUCUAUUGUAUACUCUGUAAUAAUAAUAAAGGAAAAUUGUUGUGUUAUUUUUUAAAUAAAA